AUGAAGACCAGUCUCGUUCGCACCUUCUUCGUCGCCAGUCCCGUUAGUCUCACCUUUCUGUUAGCGCUUCUCGGCGGCGCUCAGGCGACCGAGGACCCUGCCGAGGUCGAAGAGCGCCGACAAGCCGCUGCAAGAGCCAGCCCGAGUCCUCUUGACAAGUUCCGUACGGACUAUCGAGCGCUAUACAAGAUCAAACUUAGCAAUCCAGUAGGCGAAGACCUUCCUCUGGGCAUGUAUCCGAGAGAGGUCUCGCACAAGGUCGCCAAGCUAAGCUUCUUUGGCACCCCCUCGUGGGAAUCGAGAUGGAAUGUCGACAAUAUUCUCCAGGGUCUGAACCUGGACUAUGCCCAACUCCUCGCCGGACCUUUCCACCCUGAGCGGGUUGAGAGUCAGCUCCAGGAGACUCGCACUAAACACUUGGAACAAUCCAGCAAGCUUGUGCAGUUGAUGUUCGAAAAAUGGGACGAUCUCGAGGGCGUCCUUGGGGAGGAGGAAGUGGACAAGCAUCUUAGAUUUUACCAGAUGGUCCGGAACCUGGCGGCACAUGCGGAACUUGUACCUACCAUGUGA